AUGGUGAAAUUAACCCAAAUAGAAGACGAGACUCAAACCCAAUUCCCGGACGGAACCACACAAAUCAACAAAGUUGAGAUCAACGAGUUUGAAGAUUCCGAAGGUUCAGACUUCAGUGAUGACGACGAAGACGACUUUGACUUUGAGAAGGAAACCUUGUUGGACCGAGUUGCUGCCCUCAAGGACAUAAUCUCGCCACAACAACGUGACCAACUCUACAAUUUGUCGUCCAAGAUCUCCAGCUAUGCCUCGUGGGCUUCAGCUCAAGGUGGGAACUUGCUCUGGACAUUGACUUCCAGCUCGUUGUUGUUGGGAGUGCCAUUGGCGUUGGCUAUCUUGAGUGAAACCCAAUUACAGGAGAUGGAGAAGGAUAUGAGCUUGCAGGCUGCUGCUCAGGACGUCUUGGCUCCUGGCAGUGAGGAUGCUUUUGGUAAGAAGAAGUAA